AUGGAGUGCCCACGAGCUCCAGUUCUUUCCCCAAAUCCUCAGCAUUCCUUUUACAUCGCGGGAGACGAAGUUACCCUGAACUGCGCAGCUCCUGAAGGACAAGUUGUAGCGGGAUACAGAUUCUUCCAGGAGAAACAUGACCAGAAACUACUCUUCUUUGAAGGACAGAAACCCCACAAAGACAUACAAGUGGAUGAAAAUGUUGCUGGACAGUUUGCCUGCAGGUACUGGAUUCUGACUUCAGAAGGGAGGCAAAUUCAGUCCCUGGAAAGUAACACUGCCCCCAUAGUGGUGAAAGCUCAUCCUCCAAUUCCAGAACUGAAGAUAGAUCCUCCAUCUGGAGUACUACUAGAAGGGGAAAUCCUACUUAUCACUUGCUUGUCCAUUGGGAACCAUACGGAGAAACGUUUCCAUUUCUUCAAGGAUGGAGCUGAAAUUGGGCACACCAAGCAGGGGUCUCUGAAAUAUUCCGAAGGACAUGGAGGUGCCUCUUCCAAGGUCUUUCUGAGCAUCUGCCUACAAGCCCAACCCAACCUAACAGGGGAAUAUACUUGCAGGUAUGAAGAAAGCUUGAGUGGCAGGUGGAUCAUGUCUCCUUGGAGCCAGAAGGUCAAGGUCACAGGUUUCUCAGGGGUGAUCUCUCUCUGGGGCUUGGAGGACCUUCUGGACCAUCUGGAUCCACUCCAAAACUGGUGGUCAUCACUGUACCCCAAUAGGAACCAGAAGUGA